CCAGUUUGAGAAGAGGGGUUGUGUGUCCCUCAAACUCACAAGAGUCAUUAAGGCUCUGAUGUUAAGCACCUUGAACUGCCAUUACGUAUGACGGGUGCUAUACAAAUAAAAUUGACCUGACUUGAUAGAACGACUGUGGACUACACCAUGCUUCAACAAAGCUUGUUUUCUGAGAGGAACUGUUUGUAGAUGAGCCAUUGGGGGAGAAGGGCCUUGAUAAGAGAGGUGACCAAGAACCUGAUGGUCACUUAGACUGAGCUCCAGGGAUCCUGUGGAGAGAUGGGAGAAACUUCCAGAAGGACAACCAGUUCUAAGCUUCACGCCUGGUUUCCUCCAAACACGGGUGCUGAGCCACCAGGAUGACACGGCACUGCUAAAGGCUUACAUUGUGGAGUGGAGGAAGUUCUUCACCCAGUGCGACAUCCUGCCCAAACCCUUCUGUCAGUUGGAGAUCACCCUGAUGGGAAAACAGGGCAGCAACAAGAAAACAAACAUGGAGGACAGUAUCGUACGCAAGCUGAUGCUUGACACGUGGAACGAGUCCAUCUUUUCCAACAUUAAGAGUCGCCUGCAGGAUAGCGCCAUGAAGCUGGUACACGCUGAGAGGCUGGGGGAGGCCUUCGACUCCCAGCUGGUCAUAGGAGUAAGAGAGUCAUAUGUGAACCUGUGUUCUAACCCAGAGGACAAGCUGCAAAUCUACAGGGAUAACUUUGAGAAAGCCUACCUGGAUUCCACAGAGAGGUUUUACAGAACACAGGCACCGUCCUACCUGCAACAGAACGGUGUCCAGAACUACAUGAAAUAUGCAGACGCAAAGCUGAGAGAAGAGGAGAAGAGAGCACUUAGAUAUCUAGAGACACGUCGUGAAUGUAACUCUGUUCAAGCACUUAUGGAAUGUUGUGUGAAGGCGCUGGUGACCUCGUUCAAAGAGACCAUCUUAGCUGAAUGUCCAGGGAUGAUCAAACGCAACGAGACAGACAAGCUGCACCUGAUGUUUUCACUGAUGGACAAGGUUCCCAGCGGGAUUGAGCCAAUGCUGAAAGACCUGGAAGAACAUAUCAUCAAUGCUGGACUAGCAGACAUGGUGGCUGCUGCUGAGACUAUCACUACUGACUCUGAGAAGUACGUGGAACAGUUGCUGACAUUGUUUAACCGCUUCAGUAAGCUGGUAAAGGAGGCCUUCCAAGACGACCCCCGCUUCCUCACAGCAAGAGAUAAGGCUUACAAAGCUGUUGUCAAUGAUGCCACAAUCUUCAAACUGGAGCUGCCUAUGAAACAGAAAGGUGUGGGUAUGAAGACUCAGCCGGAGUCAAAGUGUCCUGAGCUGCUGGCAAACUACUGUGACAUGCUUCUGAGGAAAACUCCUCUCAGCAAGAAACUCACAUCAGAGGAAAUUGAGCUCAAACUCAAAGAGGUGCUCUUGGUGUUGAAGUAUGUCCAGAAUAAAGACGUGUUUAUGCGUUACCAUAAAGCUCACCUGACCAGACGCCUGAUUCUGGACAUUUCAGCAGACAGCGAGAUUGAAGAGAACAUGGUGGAGUGGCUGAGAGAAGUAGGAAUGCCCGCUGAUUAUGUGAACAAGCUGGCCAGGAUGUUUCAGGACAUCAAGGUCUCAGAGGACCUCAAUCAAGUCUUCAAAGAGAUGCAUAAACACAACAAACUGGCACUACCAGCGGACAGCGUGAACAUUAAGAUCCUGAACGCUGGAGCCUGGUCUCGAAGCAGUGAGAAGGUUUUUGUUUCGCUGCCCACAGAGCUGGAGGACCUGAUCCCUGAGGUGGAAGACUUCUACAAGAGGAAUCACAGUGGUCGCAAACUCCACUGGCAUCACCUCAUGUCUAACGGCAUUAUCACCUUUAAAAACGAGGUGGGUCAGUACGACCUGGAGGUGACGACGUUCCAGCUGGCCGUGUUGUUCGCCUGGAACCAGAGACCCAGAGAGAGAAUCAGCUUCGAGAACCUCAAACUGGCUACAGAGCUACCUGACGCAGAGCUACGGCGGACACUCUGGUCUCUGGUUGCCUUCCCCAAGCUGAAGAGACAGGUGUUGUCUUACGACCCUCCAGUUAACUCGCCCAAAGACUUCACAGACAGCACACUCUUCUACGUCAACCAGGAGUUCUCCCUCAUCAAAAACUCCAAAGUCCAGAAGCGGGGAAAGAUCAAUCUGAUCGGUCGGCUACAGCUAACCACUGAGCGAAUGAGAGAGGAGGAGAAUGAAGGAAUCGUUCAGCUCAGAAUACUCAGAACUCAGGAGGCCAUCAUCCAAAUCAUGAAGAUGAGGAAGAGGAUUAGCAACGCCCAGCUGCAGACAGAGCUGGUGGAGAUCCUGAAGAACAUGUUUCUGCCACAGAAGAAGAUGAUCAAGGAGCAGAUCGAGUGGCUCAUCGAACACAAGUAUAUAAAGAGGGACGAGGCAGACAUCAACACCUUCAUCUACAUGGCCUAGGCAGCGAUUGAGGGUGUGCUUUAUUGCUCUGUUUUUUUACUCCUGGCCUGUGACCGGUGCUUUAAGAACCUGCAAGAAGAGAGGGGCGAAGAUGUGUUUGAAGAAAAGGAGAUGGGUGAUGACGAGGAAGAGCCUUUCCAACAAAAAUGUGGAUAUUCUUUUGUUUUUGUGAGAUACCAGCGUGUUAUUGGAGUGUCAUUUCAAGGCCUAGCGUUGAGUCGUCGGGCUGUGUUCAGAUCAGAUCAGAGGAGAAGGACAACAGUGUGCGCCGUCUGCUGGCAGCUCAGAAGAAAAAAAUAGUGACACGAUUAAAUACUUCCUGGAGUAUUUCAUCGGAGUAUUUUGCCAAAUUGUGUGCGUGUGGCGCGCGCGUGUGUGUGUAUGCUUGGGGUUUGAGUGCAUGGUGUGUAUCUGGUCUUUUAUGUGUGUAUGUGUGUGCACUUUCAACAGCAUGCUGCUCUUUGAUAUAUUUUUUUCUUUUGUUCAGUUCAGGAUCUGUCACACUUUGUUUCAAAAUUUUUGGGAAAUUGAGACCAGCUGCCAUUUAAAUGUAGAUAUUUGAUUUUGUUCCUACCCCGCAUGUUUCAGGUGAAGUUUAUCAGCAGAUAAACAAGAUUUGCCUGGACACACCUGUCUGUGUGCGACAAUUAUCAUACUCCAAACUAUUUAUUUAGUGUGUAAAAACCUGUGAGAUUAAAUACCAGCUGGAUGCAUCAAAGAGACACAACUAAAAUUGUGACCAGAUGCUUGUUUUUUUCUUUUUCUUUUUGAAGUAAAAUAGAAACAUAAAUACGUACACACACCAGAUUGAAGCUCCAUUACUGAAUUUUUACCUCAUCAGUCCACUAAGAGUCCCAGGAAAAUGCUGUUAAACGUAAACAAAAUUAGAGGCAGCCACACAUGAAUGAGCUUCUGUUUUUUUUUGGUUGUUUUUUACCAAAGUGGGGCAGAGUCUGAGCUGUUGUAGGGUUCAUUUAGCCAUUAUGAUUUGUGUGUGUUGCCCUCUCUUCUUACUGUCUGCCCAAACACAGAAAAGUCAACGGCUUCAGCACGUUCUCAAAGUGACUAUGUUGAAGCAAAGCAGCCAUUUAGUGCAAGAUGUUUGGUCACAUAUCAGCCAUGGUUUUAGAUGCACUAAUGAUGAUGAUGAUGUGGUGGAAAUGUGAGCGCUCUCUCUGGUUUUCAUUUGCAGUCUCCAUUGAGAGGCUAUAAACUACAAUCUAUGUUUUCCACAGAAGUCUUUAAUGGUGGCUCGAAUGAUGUCAGAAUCUGGAUCGGUUCAGAUUUCUCGCAAGUAACAGUAUCUUGAUUUUAAUUCUCUGACCAUAUUCAUAUGUGUGUGUGUGGGAGGGAUGUUCUCAAGUCCCGUCCGCUGUAAGAACUGCUGGUUAAAAACUGACCACGAAACUGACUCCCAACACCCAGCUGAAACCGAUUUGAUACUUCAGACGUCUGACUGGUUCAGUUCAUUAAGGUAUUUUUUCAAAGUUUCUGUUUCUUAACUACGAAAUUGUAUCUUUGUGUUUGCUGGCACCAGGAGUAACAGGACUUGAACUAUAUUCUGUGACCCGACAGUUCUGUGACCUGAUUGGGAGUUUAAGAUAUUUUGCCACAACAGUUGCUGCUACCCUGGUCACAUACUGUUUUUUUUGAAGGCUAAUAUUAGACAUAUCGUUUAGAUAGUUAUAGUAUUAACAUAGGUAAAUGAUUAAUGGACUGCAGGUAUCUAGUGUUUUUCUACCUUUUUAUAAUUUUCCUCAUUCAGCAGGUCUCACACACACACACACACACACACACACACACACACACACACACACACACACACACACACACACACUCUGAUGGAAGUGGAGCUGCCAUGCAAGACACUGUCCUGGCCAACAGGAGCCAUCUUUGAGUAUCAGCGUCUUGCUCAAAGUCACCUCGACAUGUGGACAGGAGGAUUAACCCUGCACAUAACGGACGACCUGCUCUACCUCCAGGGCCGCAGCCGCUCAGGGUCACAUGUUUUGUUAGCUCUUAUCUAACCGAGUGACCUCGUUGCAGAAACUGGUGAUCAGUGUGUGGUAGAGCCAGCAUUAACUUAUCGCAGAUGCGUCCCCGUGUACUGGUUGUUGGCCUGAUAAUUAAUAAGAAAAUGCUGCACAGAAAUGGCCAAAAAUAUUAUUGAAUAAAGUUAUAAACGUUGUCUCCGUGACAGACUGCAGUUUGUCCACUGGAGACAACCGACAUCCUUAUUUUCAACUGUCCCACUCAGUACACAUCUUUAAAUGAUGAAAAUAAACGACAACAUUGUGAAUGGGCUUAGUCAGGCAGCUGAAGUGGGACAUCAGUGGAGGUCAGUAUGGGGAGGAGGAUGGGUAACUGGAAGAGAGUAUAAAAUCAAGAUCGAGUUUAGAAAAAAAAUCCUUUGGGAGUCUUAUUCCAAAAUGAGACGUUUAAUAUUUAACAAAUGUUGCAAAUCCGCUCUUAUUAGAAGAACACUGAAGUAACGAUUUGUCUUGUUUAAUACCUGCUCCAAGAAAUACACCUGUCUUUGUCCACUCUUUAAAUUAAAAUUAAUUAACUAUUACUAUAUUAAAUGAAUAUAAAUCAAAUUUGGAUUUGAACUUGAAAUUUAAAAAGUUUCUCACAGCUUUUGUUCUUUUUUUUUUUUCUUUUUUUUCCUGCUGCGGAGACAUUUAGUAUGUUUUAGGUUUUAAAGAAUAAUUCCCACAGCAGCUCCCGGACACGUUCUGCACUGUCAGUGAAUACUGGGUCAGCUGCAGAAACUUUAGUGCAGUGAAUUGGAAAGGAAACAAGCUGCUGGGUCAAAACACUAUUAUUAGUUGCACUGCGAUCACUGAGAAGAGCUUUUUACCCCACUGACAUCCUUCAGGAGUGCAUCUCAAAAACACUGCAUUUCAAAUAUGAGUUAACGUUCAUUCAAAAUCUUUGAUUUUGUCACCCUCAGUCCUAAAAGAACUGCCACGGUUUAACUUGGUGACAUUAUUUUGGGAGUGUAUGUUGUUCUGUUCUGAUUUUGGAUUUCCUGUUCAACUAAAAUGUCAAAUCCUGUGAGGAUUGAGGAAGAAGAAAGACAACGGUGAAUGUGUGUGGUUGAAUUUUGUAGAUUUAUGAAGAAUGUUACUCUGUUUGUUGUUGAAAUGUUCUUGUUUUCUUUUUUUGAGAAAUGUUUUCUUGGUGUACAUUCAAAGCGCUGAGAUCCGCAGUAUUUCUUUACUGCGAAUCUCUGUUUCAGCUUAACUUUCAAUCACAGAAAAGAAAGUUUUGUCUAAUUGAUUCACUGUUCACUUCAUUGACUCAAUUCAUACCUGGAGAUUGUCAAAAUGCUGAUAUUGCCUUUCACUUUCUGUGACUAGGAGACCGGGGUGUUGGUAAUAAUCAGAUUUAUGAGUUGAGAUCACAUUAUGCAGUUUUAUUCUCUAUGCACAGGCCUGGCUCAGUUAGUAUUUCGCAGAUGGUUCCCUGUUGUGUUUUAAACUUUUAAACCUCGAGUUCACUGGAGGACGGUGAAAUGAAUCCCAGUAAAGUAGAACAUUUUGAAUGUCGAUACUUCCUUCCAGUCCAUUCAUCUAGUGUUGGCCAACAAAUUAAAGCCAGAUACUUGCAUAUAUACCAUCUCAUCCAUGUGUGUUAAUUUUGGCCAGUGAGGACUCUGUGCCUCUGGUUUCUCUGAGGCUUGAAGCGAACACUGGCUGAACCUGCUGCUGGGGAUGCAUCUUGUCCUCCUGGGCACAUUUCUGUUGUUUCUGUUUUUCUCCUCUAUCAAAGAGUGAGGAGGUCAACAAUGAUACAGGGAGAGGGCAUUCUGGGAAAUGUAGUUUAUUACUAAAAUAGACCUGGUAGGUUGAGGUAAAUCAAGAACAACAGGGCAUUUAUAAAAUAACUAACAAAAAUUUUGAGGUGGGUUUUUCCUUUAAUGAGUUAGACUUCUCCCUUCAAGCAUUUUCCAUUGUGCUUUGGUGUAAACCCCUGGCUUGGGACAGAUGUGAAUUCCAGAUGCUUUUAUACCGGACGAGCUCAGUGUCGCCAAACCUGUAACAAUCACAGAAACCUCUGAUGUGAUUGUGUGUGUGAAAUGAUAUUCAGGAGUGGCUUCAGAACCUGUGGUUGUGUAACACCCCGUGUGAGCUUGUGAAAAAUCUCUGCAUGAGAAAUUUAACUUUGUUAAUCUGUGCAAAUAAUCUGUAGAUGUAGAAAAAAAAAAUAAAGGUGCAGAAAAAUUUGUCAAAAGUGAGGUUACACAAAAAACUCAGCACUCAGAGUUACUCAGUGAGUUACACUUGUACACACACGUUUAAGUUCCAAGUACAAACUUUAGCUUUGAGCUAUUUAGCAUAAACUUACAGUCCAGUAAAUGUGCGUGGGUGUGUGUCUCUAUGCGUGUGAUACGCAGCAACGUUUUCUGAAAGCAGUUCUUUUGUCUGAGUUUUUGUGUAACUUCAUCUGUACAAACUUAAUUUAGACUCUUCAAAAAUGUUCUCCAGUUACAUCGAACCCCCCCCCAAAUUUUACACUCUGCUCCAGACUGAAAUACUGAAUCUCAACAAAUACUUGAGGUAUUGCCAUGACAUUUGGUUCAGCGAUGACUGCGACUCUCAGGCCUUUUCAUCUAGCUGCUUCAUCAGAUCUGAAUUUGUCCAGCACUUUGGUUUAUGACUAAAUACCUGCAAAACUAACCACACGUCCAUCAGCCUCAGCUGUACUUGGUGUUUACUGCUAAUUAUCAUGCUAACACAUGAAACACAGAUGGUAAACAUGUCAAACGUGACACCUGCCAGACCACCUGAGCGUGUUAGCAUGCUGAUAGUAGCCUUUAACUCAAAGCACCACUGUGCUGUAGCCUCAUUAGUCAGACUGUCAAACCGGAGUUUUUCAUGCAGAGGUUUUUCACAGGUUCACGCAGAGUGAAGCUCUGACUCUUAUUCAGCUUUACUUCGGCCCGUAAAUGUCCAGAUUCCUGAGCUCAUUUACAGCAACAGUUUUUCAGAACAGCUUAAAAACAAUGUAACUUCCCCCAGAGCACCUUCAACUUUCAAAUCUCAAGAGAUCUGGGAUGCGUCUGACAACAUUUACAGAGACUUACGCUCAAUACAGUCCAGUGCAAUCUAAUACAACAGCCCCGCCACAACAUCUGUCUUUACAAAACUCAUAAGGUUCAAUUUUUCUUGACAUUUUCGGAAAUGUGUAAAUUAAAUAACACAUUUAUUACAGAAGUAAUGGGUGGUUACCCGGACUACAUCAUAUUGAAAGGUGUUUCCGAUUGAUUUUUGUCCUCCCUGUUACACACAAGAGGGUGGCAGAAUAUUGGAAACACCUCUCAACAUUGUGCAUUCCAGUUCAACACCAUCGGUGAAUAUGACCUCUGUGCUAAAACACAUAUUUUUGCAUCAACACCUCACCGACAAAAACUGAACGUUACAAGCCUCAUAAGAGUCGACUUUAUGUCAGAACAGUUGUAUCUGCACUGCAUUAGACUGUACAGGUGUGACUAAUGAUGUGGGAGCUGAGUGUAUGUGACCGAGUUCUGGGCUCUUUUUUUUUUUUUUUUUUUUUUCACGUGUUUACUGAUUUAAUAAGUCACUCUGUUUAUUUUCUUAUAGACCGGUCAUCACAUCGAAUGAUGCUCUUAUCCACGGCUUCAUUCACGACUUUUGUGCAACAGCACAACAAACUUCAGUGUCUUCUUCAGCACAGCUGUAAUCAAGCAGAAUGAAACACAGUACACAGAAAAAUAUCUCUCGACUUCUUCUAGCUAAGUGUUUCCAGCAUGCAGAGGUGUCUCUUCCCUCGAUGGUGACUUUUUUUUUUUUUU